AUGCCUCCCUCGAGCAGCCCUGCGCCGGGUGUUCCCACCAUGGCACCCCCGGCGUCGAUCCCGCCCACGACAGCUCCACAGGGCGCCGCGACCGAGACCGAGGAACGCCUUUCUUACAACGACAAGCUCAAUGCUGCGGAUCGAUACUGGAAGUUCAAGUUUGGCCUUAAAGCCGCUGCCAUCAUAACAGGCUUGAUCGGGAUCGGUUGCUUUGGCUGGUUGAUGUCCACAAUGGAUAAUGAAUACGACCCGGAUUCCUCUUAUUCAAUCAGCUACGAAAGCUACUGGUCUCUAUGGCCCAGUCUGAUUACUUGGGCUGCCUCGAUAGUCUGGUGUGCGCUCUGCAUAAUCGUGUUCCUUCUGCGCAAGCGACCUGUGCAUCCAGGUGUCCGCGUAGCGAUGGAUCUUCUUCUAUGGCUUGGCUUCAUCGUAACGGCAUUGUUCUCUCUUAUAGCCCUCCGGUACUUGAUGAGGUGGGGUCUAGACGGGUUCGAUACAUGGGGUUGGGGAUACUCAUACAGCAGCGAUGGAGAAUAUGUCCUAGCUUCCAACAACACAUGGGUAUGGGAACAGGACACGAGCUACAUCGAGACUCCUCGAGACUGUUCCCGAUCCAGUCAGUUUGACAGCUGUGAGGAGCAGGACGCCUUCGUCAACAAACUUUGGGCCGAAAAGGAUCAUCGCUCAAACGUCACUUUGACCGGCGUGGUAUGCCAGUUCUUCGGCCUGGUCAUUCACUUUGCGCUAUUUGUCUGGGCUUGCGUUGACUGCCAUCGCCACCGCCGCCGCACAACGAGCAACGACGCCGAAAAGCUUGCUGCUGAAAUCGUGCAAAACAUGAUCAGUAAUGGUGCUGUUGUGCCGCCACCAGGACAGGCACACAUGAAACCGCAGCCGGGCCAGGUCAUGUACUAUCAGAUGCCGCCCAACCAGCAAGGGUACCCGAACCAGCCCCCGUAUAUGCAACAAGGACCGGGUCAGAUGCAGCAGUUUGGGCAGCAGUUCGGGCAGCACCCACAGAUGACGCAGCCGGUUCAGCGCAUGGCGCCCGGACAGUACCCAAAGGGUCAACCUGGCAUGGUAGCCUCGGAUCUUCCUGAGAAGAUUGCUGGACCCCGAUAUGCUUAG